AUGACUAAAGUUAACGGUGAAGAUACAAGAUCGGGGAAUAGGAUGGAGCGCUUCCAGCAAGGAGUCCGGAAACGUACUCUUAUGGCAAAAAAGAAAGUUCAAAACAUCACAAAGGAAGGUGUUAAAAGUUUCUUACUGAGAAAUUUUUUUGUGAUUUUCACUGUCAUUGCAGUCAUUGUGGGUGUCAUCCUUGGCUUUGGUCUCCGAUCCUAUCACUUCAGCUACCGAGAAGUGAAAUAUUUUUCUUUCCCUGGAGAACUGUUAAUGAGAAUGCUGCAAAUGUUGGUUUUGCCUCUCAUUGUAUCCAGCUUAGUAACAGGAGUGUCUGCCUUGGACAGUAAAGCAUCAGGGAAAAUGGGUCUCCGAGCCGUGGUGUAUUACAUGAGCACCACAAUUAUAGCUGUCCUGAUUGGGAUAAUCAUGGUAGUCAUCAUCCAUCCUGGGAAAGGGUCAAAGGAGAAAAUGCACAGAGAAGGCAAGAUUGUCCAAGUGACAGCUGCAGAUGCCUUUCUGGACUUAAUCAGAAACAUGUUUCCUCCAAAUCUUGUAGAAGCCUGCUUCAAACAGUUCAAAACGAACUAUGAAGAGCAUGUUCAUCAUACACAUGAUCAUGCACAUGAUGAUUCUAAUGAAACAUCGGUCCUUGCUGGCAUUAUAAAUAAUGUAACAGAAGCUGUGGGAAACCUAACUUGGAUGAAGAAGGAGAUGAUCCCUGUACCAGGCGCUGUAAAUGGAGUGAAUGCACUUGGACUGGUUGUCUUCUCCAUCAGUUUUGGAUUAGUGAUUGGCAAUAUGAAGGAACAAGGUCGGGCAUUGAGAGAGUUCUUCGACAGCCUUAAUGAGGCUAUCAUGAGACUGGUAGCUCUAAUAAUGUGGUAUGCACCACUUGGUAUUUUGUUUUUAAUUGCGGGGAAAAUUGUUGAGAUGGAAGAUAUGGGUGUGAUCGGAGGCCAGCUUGCCAUGUAUACAGUUACUGUUAUCAUUGGUUUGCUCAUCCAUGCAAUUAUUGUUCUCCCACUUCUCUACUUCUUCAUUACUCGGAAAAAUCCUUGGGUCUUUAUUGGAGGAUUGUUGCAAGCUCUCAUCACAGCUUUGGGAACUUCCUCAAGUUCUGCCACUUUGCCUAUCACUUUUAAGUGUUUGGAAGAGAACAAUGGAGUAGACAAACGCAUUACGAGAUUUGUACUACCUGUGGGUGCAACUAUUAACAUGGAUGGGACAGCUUUGUAUGAAGCCCUGGCUGCAAUUUUCAUUGCACAGGUUAACAAUAUGGAUCUAAACUUUGGGCAAAUUAUCACAAUCAGUAUUACCGCAACAGCUGCUAGCAUUGGUGCAGCAGGAAUUCCUCAAGCUGGCCUGGUCACAAUGGUGAUUGUAUUAACCUCUGUUGGUUUGCCAACAGAUGACAUAACACUUAUCAUUGCAGUGGAUUGGUUUCUGGAUCGUCUACGCACUACUACCAACGUUCUGGGAGACUCCAUUGGUGCAGGAAUUGUCGAACAUUUAUCCCGCCAUGAGUUACGGAACAAGGAUGCUGAAAUGGGCAACUCUGUGAUUGAGGAGAAUGAAAUGAAGAAGCCUUACCAGCUGAUUUCACAAGAGAAUGAGAAUGAAAAGCCCUUAGACAGUGAAACCAAGAUGUAA